GCGCAUGCGUAAAGGGUCCGACUGACUGUAACAACACUGCGAAAGUUAUCUGAGCGAUACAGCUGGAAAUGAUUAAUCAAAUCUAACUAACAAACAUGGAGGAGCUCACAACUCCUGUCCGACAGCAACACGCAUUCAGUGUUAGCAGACUACUCAAAUAUCUGUCUGUCAAGUCAACGGUGUCAAAUGAGGACACACUGACUGUCAGACAGUACAGCGCUGGUCAGUCCAACCCAACCUUCCUGAUCCAGACCCCCUCAGACAGCUUUGUGCUCAGGAAGAAACCUCCAGGUGAUCUGCUGCCUGGAGCCCACAAGGUGGACAGGGAGUACCGGGUGCAGAAGGCUCUGUUCUCCGCCGGGUUCCCCGUUCCUCAGCCUCUCCUGCUCUGCACUGACGCUGAAAUCAUCGGAACAGAGUUCUACUUAAUGGAGCACGUGAAAGGCCGUAUAUUCAGGGAUCUCCGUCUCCCUGGAGUGAGUGCAGCAGAGAGGGCAGCUCUAUAUGUGGCUGCAGUGGAAGCGUUGGCAAAGCUCCACUCACUGGACCUGGCAUCCCUGAACCUGGAGGGGUUUGGUAAAGGAGCCGGAUACUGCAAGAGACAAGUGUCAACAUGGACGAAGCAGUACACAGCCGCCGCCCACAGGGACAUCCCAGCCAUGAACGAGCUCUCUGAUUGGUUGAUGAAGAAUCUGCCGGCCAAUGACAACGAGGUCACGCUGGUCCACGGAGAUUUCCGAUUGGAUAAUCUGAUAUUCCAUCCAACAGAGGCCCGUGUGAUGGCCGUGUUGGACUGGGAGCUGUCCACCACCGGGCAGCCUCUGGCAGACCUGGCCUACUUCCUGAUGCCUCACUACUGGCCCUCCAGCAUGAACAUCAUCAGCACGCUGGGCAGCUUGAAAGGAAUAGAAGGUAUCCCAAAUGUGGCCGACCUGAUCUCCAUUUACAGCCGCUGCCGAGGGAUCCCUUCUUCUUUUCCAGAGUUGAAUUUCUACCUGGCCUUGUCGGUGUUUAAAAUGGCAGGAAUCGCCCAGGGGAUCUAUGCACGCCACCUACUGGGCAAUGCGAGCGCUCCCAAUGCAGAGGAGUUCGGCCAGCGUGUGGAGCCGUUGGCUCAGACUGCCCUGCAGCUCGCUCAGAGGUCGGUGUCAGGUCCAACAGGAGACGGUCUGUUCCUGCAGACGGCUAAAGGGCGCGCUGUUCUGCAGCAGGUCAAAGACUUCAUGAGACAAUACGUGCUUCCUGCUCAGGAGGAAGUUGCAGAGUACUACAGCAAACACGCUCGGUCUCCACAGAGAUGGCACACCCCACAAAUAAUAGAGGAUCUAAAGGUGAGAGCCAGGCAGGCCGGGCUGUAUAACCUGUUCCUGUCUGCAGUCAGCGGCCUCAGUCAGCUGGACUACGCCUUCAUCGCAGAGGAGACCGGGCGCUGCCUCUUCGCUCCUGAAGUCUUCAACUGCCAGGCUCCCGACACAGGCAAUAUGGAGGUGCUCCACAUGUUUGGCAGUGAGCAGCAGAAGAAGAAAUGGCUGGAGCCUCUGCUCAGAGGGGAGAUUCGCUCCUGCUUCUGUAUGACAGAGCCGGAUGUGGCCUCCAGUGAUGCAACAAACAUGCAGUGCACGCUUCGCAGGGAUGGAGACGACUUCGUCAUCGACGGCAAGAAAUGGUGGAGCAGCG